AUGACUUUCCCACUCACUUCUGUGUGUACACUCAUUUAUUUUCUUCUCAUUUUCUCCAACUAUGGAACCUUUACAUCUGCACAGACAAAAACCACGAGCAUCGGAGCAAUCAUUGACGAUGAUACUCGUAUCGGAAAGGAAGUGAAGGCAGCCAUGAAAGUAGCUGCUCAAAACUUCAACAGCUCCUCAUUGUACCACAAAUUAUCUCUUCAUUUUCGCAACACUGGUGGAAAUCCUCUCCAAGCAGCUUAUGCAGCUGAAGAACUUCUUAAAGAGAAUAAUGUUGAAGCCAUUAUAGGCAUGGAGACAUGGGAGAAAGCAGUCCUAGUUGCCGAUGUUGGAAAUCGAGCUCAAGUGCCAAUUAUUUCAUUUGCAUCAGCUUCAAUCAAGCAACCGAUAAUGCCGCCCCAUUUGCCUUUCUUGGUUCAAAUGGCAACCAAUGUCACUGAACAAAUUAUAUGCAUCACGGAGAUUAUUCGCUCAUUCAACUGGCGAAAAGUCAUAGUAAUCUAUGAGGCUAACUAUUAUGGAACCGAUUUCGGAAUGUUUGUUGCAUUAUCUAAUUCACUCAAAGAUCAUGGCGUAGAAAUUGAAUAUCGUCUCAUUCUUCCAUCAUUUUCCUCUCUAUCUGAUCCAAAAGGCUUUGUUAGUGAAAAUGUAGCUGAGCUGUUGAGUAAACAAUCCAUGGUUUUUAUUGUUCUUCAAAUAUCUUCAUCAAUGGCUGCUCAUUUGUUUAGACAAGCAAAGCAGAUGAGGCUUAUUGGGAGAGAUUCAGCAUGGAUAAUUGCAGACCCAUUUGCGAGCCUCUUGGAUUCUGUUAAUACUUCUGUUAUAUCCUCCAUGGAAGGUGCUCUAGGAAUCAAGACAUAUUUUGUUGAAGACAGUAGGUCUUUUCUGGACUUCAGGCAACAGUUUCGACGAGUUUUCCAAUCAGAUUACCCUGAGGAAGAAAACUCCGAGAUGGGAAUUCAUGCCCUACGAGCAUAUGAUAGCAUUACUACCAUUGCAAAUGCCAUAAACCGAACAGGUAGUAGUGGUAAUGGUUUCACUACACUGCUGAAAAGUAUUUUAUCAAGCAACUACAUUGGUUUAAGUGGUGAUAUUAGUUUCCAUGGAGGAGAGCUAGUUGGAUCCUCUCUAUUCACAAUUGUAAACGUCAUCGGAAAAAGAUACAAAGAGCUCGGCUUUUGGUCAUCAUCGAUAGGGUUUUCAGAGAGCCUUGUUAAUGGAGAAAUUGAUCAGAAGAUGCGGGGUGAUUCCAUGGACGCAUUGGCCGGUUUGGUGAGUUGGUCCGGGGACCUAAAAGUGGAUCCACGAGGUUGGCCCAUGCAUAGUAAUGCCACGCCUUUGAAGAUUGGAGUUCCUAGAAACACCACUUUCCCGGAAUUUGUGAAGGUGGAUUGGAAUUCAAAUUUGAAUAAAUGGAGCGUUUCUGGUUUCUGCAUUGAUGUCUUCUAUGAGGUGCUGAAUAUUUUGGAGCCUAGUUAUCCUCUACCUCAUGUAUUUGUACCAUACACUGGCACCUACAAUGACCUAGUUGAUCAUGUGGCUAACAAGACAUUCGAUGCUGUGAUUGGCGACGUAACUAUACUAGCAAAUCGAUCAAAAUAUGUGCAAUUUACGGCGCCAUACGCCGAAUCAAGCUUAUCAAUGAUAGUAACGGUGAAGCCCAAGCAUGGAAAGGCAUGGAUUUUCUUGAUGCCUUUCACCAUGGAAAUGUGGGCAGUGACCGCUGCCUUGUUGCUCUACACUGUGUUCAUAAUUUGGCUUUUGGAGCGUCAAUCGAAUCCAGAGUUUGCAGGCCCAUGGCACAAUCAACUAGCGACUUCACUUUGGUUCACAUCCACCUCACUAUUCUUUGCACAUAGGGAAAGGGUUCAAAAUAGUUACACUCGUGUAGUGGUGGUGGUAUGGCUCUUCGUUGUCUUAGUCUUAUCCUCAAGCUACACUGCAAGUUUCUCCUCAAUGCUCACUGUCCAACGUCUCAAACCGAACAUAACAGACAUAGAGUGGCUACAGAAGAACAAUGCACCAGUAGGUUGUGACAACGAUUCGUUUAUAAAACAGUAUCUACAGAAUGUGCUUCAAUUUAACCCCCAAAACAUCAAGGGCAUCAGCAGGGAAAAUGAAUACGUUACCGAAUUCGAGAAUGGCAAUAUCAUUGCAGCAUUUCUUGAACUCCCUGAAUCAAAGGCCUUUAUGAAUCAAUUUUGCAAGGGAUACACUGUUGUCACACCCACAAAUGGAAUUACUCACAGAUUUGGAGGCUUUGGGUUUGUGAGUAGUCACUGGAACUCUUUAUACUAUUUUGAAUAGGACUACAAAUGGACUAAAUCGAGCCAAGAUCAUGACCAUUUGGGUCCAGCUUGUUUGUUCACAUAGAGAGUUCAGGCUUGGCAUGGGAUCUUUAUACUUCACUUGUUUGUUUGCAUAUAGUAUCUACUAUAUGAUAUAUACAUAAUAUUAUAUGUUCAGGAGCCUAGACGAGGCGAACACGAGCCUA